AUGUCCCUCAGCUUCUCUUCGAUCGCCUUAAUUCUCGUACUCUUCAUAACCAAAACCAUCCAACAGCCCGUCAUCAACCAACCAUCAGUUGUCAACCAACAAGUGCUCACACCGUUCUUCCAACAACCGUUCAAUCUCCCAUUUCUGAGUCGACCACUCGUCACCUCUGCAAGCCAAGCCGCCAGCGCCGGAGCUGCCGGGCAACCCAUUGGCUUUAAUGCUUACUGUACAACUUGCUUCAACAACUUAUUUGGAAUUGCCACUACCCAAUCACCUCCGGUUACGACAAAUCUUCCCGACACACUCACCACCAAAAACAUCUUCCAAAAAGCCGGCUGGGAGACCGACGAUAAAGGCAAUGUCUUUGUUGGAAGUGACGAUUCGAAGCUUCUACUGAUCUCCGUAGGUUCCUACUGGCCUUUCCCGAAAGAUUACCGUAGGAGAAGACGAUAA